ACUUUCCUACUGAUAUAACUGAAGAUGGUUAUGAUAAAUUUAAAAAGAAAGUAAACAAGAUAUUCAAAGAUUCUCACUGGGAUACAGAUAUUGCACUAAUUAAUUUGGAAAAAACUGGUAGUUAUUCUAUCGCUAUACCUUUUGGUCAACAAAUUGCUAAAAAUCAAGUAAUUAUCAAUUUAAAAUCUGAUUUAAAAGCGAAUAAUGAUAAUUUUUAUUGGAAUAUUUGGCAAGGAUUAAUUGAAUAUGCAAGAAAACUGGAUAUAUAUGAUGAACAGUUAGGUAGAAGGCUUGCGAUUAAACUGAUUUUAUAUGAAUCUCCCAUAAGUACUAUGGGUUUUGAUGAAACUAAUCAGAAUCAUAUUGGUGAAUUAGAUAUUAAAGUUGAGAGCGAAUCUAAUGACUUAACUCAAGUUAACAAGGUACAUGGAAGUGGAAGUAGUUUAAUUCAUAUAAAUAAUUUUAAAUCACCUCAAGAUUCUAACACCCAAGAUGUAGAAAUGACAAUUGUUGAAGAAGAGACAGUAGACUAUCACAAUAUACAUGGGUAUUCAAAUCCUAAUGAGAUCAACGUUGAAACUGCCUACCAAGAUAUUAUUGUGUCUGAGGACAUGAAGACUUUAAUAGAAUUGAAAGAUACUUGGGCAAAAAAUAACCAUGAAAAGUUCC